UUUUAAAUCAUUUAAUCAUGUUCCUCUCCCACCCGUGCAUGCACCAUUUCUCAUAUAAAUACCCCUUCUCCCCUUUCAUCAAGAAAUCUCACAACUUUCUCUCUGCUCUCUCUGUUUUUUCUACUACUAAAAAUUCACUUUUCAACCACACAAAAUUUACAAACCCACAACCAAUAUUCAAGAAAAUUAUUAAAGAUGUAUGCGAAUUGUGAAGUAGACAAUGAUUUUGCAAUUCUUGAAUCAAUUAGGCUUCACUUACUUGAAGACUGGGAAGCUCCAUUAACAAGCUCCGACAACUCAACAACCUCGGAUUUAAGCCGAAGCAACAGCAUUGAGUCCAACAUGUUUCCUAAUUGCUUGCCCAAUGAAUUUGAUUAUACAGCUGAUAUGUUUUUUAACGAUAUCUUUAAUGAAGGCAUUGUUGGCUAUGGAUUUGAGCCAGCUUCUGAAUUUACACUCCCCACUAUCAAAUUGGAGCCAGAAAUGACUGUACAAUCACCUGAAAUAUGGAAUUUACCGGAGUUUGUGGCGCCGCCGGAGACGGCGGCGGAGGUGAAACUGGAACCACCGGCGCCGCCAAAGGCAAAGCAUUAUAGGGGAGUGAGAGUGAGGCCGUGGGGGAAGUUUGCAGCGGAAAUUAGGGAUCCGGCGAAGAAUGGGGCAAGGGUGUGGCUGGGUACAUAUGAGACGGCGGAGGACGCAGCGUUUGCUUAUGACAAGGCGGCGUUUCGCAUGCGGGGGUCACGUGCAUUGCUUAAUUUCCCGUUAAGGAUUAAUUCUGGUGAACCUGAUCCCAUUAGAGUUGGUUCUAAAAGAUCAUCAAUGUCGCCGCAGUAUUCUUCUUCUUCAUCGUCGUCGUCGCCGCCGAUGAAGAGGGGGAAGAAGGUUGCUCAAGAGACGGAGCUAGUGGCGCUAUAAGUCCUAAGUGGGUCCUGUAUAGUAAUAAUUAAAAAAAAAAAAAAGAAUUAACGAUGGAUUUGUUUCAUUUUUGGCUGACGUAAUAGAUUUGUUCUUUCUUUAA